AUGUCAGCUCCACCGCCACCACCUCAAGGAGGGCUAUCUCUCUAUGAGAAUCUGCUGGAUCCCAAUGAUACGUCUUCAACCUCAGCAACAAUAUCUUCGGCACCUAUUCUAUACAGCCAAACAGAAGACACAUCUGCAGAAAUUGUCGUCAAGAAGCCCAUUGAUCCCGCCCUUCGCUUUCAACCUAUACGUCGUCCACAGGUGAAGCAAGCCAAGCCAAAGCCGGCAUUCCCCAAGCCGGCUGUUUCUAAGCAGGCUAUCAAUCCUGCUCCUCCCGCUCCAGUGCAACCGAAGACUACGCUUGCAGACUGGGCCGCAACUGAGGAAGAUGAGUGGAUGUAUGGUAUGGGUGAAAAGCGUCAGCGUGGCGGUCGGAAGAAGAAGAAAAAGAGACAACAAGAGGAAUUUGAGACCAACUGGGACGAUAUCUAUGACCCCACACGGCCAACUAAUGUUGAAGAGUACCUGCAUAGUGAUGAGAAAGUCCAAGAGGUCAGAGAUUGGAAAGCUUUGCUUUAUAGGCACCGGCGUAAACGCGACGAAAGCGACCUCUCAGACGAGGACGAGGACGAACAAACCCGGCAUGCUCCUUCAAAUCAGUUCGCUCCACCUUCGUCAUAUGCUUUCGUACCACCACCGCCUCAAUCACCCCCAGGACCACCUCGAGGCGAUGUUAGUGGGGACGAUGUAUUUGCUCGCCGUGUAGCUAUAUCUCAAGGGGACGCUCCUCCUCCUACUGCUGCACAAGCAUCACCCUCUCAGCCUUCCAAUUUCGCCACCAUAUCACGCGCCCCCGUAAGAUAUUCAAAGCCACAUGACGACGAAGACGCAACAGGGGAUAAUGUCGAAGACGAUGCGUAUUCUCCGCCCCCAGCUCUUGGGUCCAGUCUUCCGGAACAACCUGGUGAAGAUUCUCAAGCUCGGUCAAGCCGUCCGGGCCAGUCUGGUUUUGCCCAUCGAUUGAUGAGCAAAUACGGAUGGACAAAGGGCAGUGGCCUUGGUGCUGAUGAGUCAGGAAUUGUCAACCCUCUGCAUGUUCAAGUCGAGAAGCGGCGGAAGAAAGCCGACGCAGAUGGCGGAGGAUGGGCCGAGCCAGGUGGAAAGGGUAAGAUCCUUGGUGGGAAGCGCAAAGAGGAAAACGCAGGCAAGUUUGGUACUAUGAGUGAUGUCAUAGUAUUGCGCAAUAUGCUUGAAAAUAUGCCGAAUCUCGAGGAGGAGAUUGCAGGAGGUUUGGGACAAGAGAUCGGAGAAGAGUGUGGAGAAAAGUAUGGGCGCGUGGAGAGACUAUACAUUGACCAGGAAAGCCGCAGAGUGUUUAUCAAGUUCACAAAUCAAGUUUCAGCCCUUCGGGCAGUCAAUGAACUAGACGGUCGUGUAUUCAACGGCAAUACAAUAGUCCCCGAAUUCUUCGAUACAGAAAAGUUUGAGCAGGGGAAGUAUCAUUAA